UUCAAGUUCUACUUCUAAGGCUAGUGGGCUCAUGUUUAUUAACCAUCCUGAACUUACAAAACGGCAUAUGUGACCUGGCAUUGGGCUUGCAGCAAUCUUCGGGGGUUGUGGCAUAUGUGAAUUCGAUUAUACCUCCCGACACUUCCGGUUCGUGCCCAUCAUUGAGAUCAUAAAGCCUCUCUACUCUAAACGUUAGCACGGCUCUUUCUCAUGUGGCAGCAUUCAAGGCGGGCAGUCCACCGGCUCAAGGUUCCAGCCGGACGCCGCGACGUGUCAACUGGGAACCACCAAGUCAUUUUUUCGGGCAUUCAGCCUACAGGAACGCCGCACCUAGGCAACUACGCCGGUGCUAUCCGACAAUGGGUACAGCUCCAAGGCAAGCCAGCUGAAAGCUGCAAGCUUGUUUACUCUGUCGUCGACUUGCACGCUAUCACUGUGCCUCAGAAGGCAGGGCAGCUGAGGCAGUGGAAACGGGAAACACUGGCAGCUUUGUUGGCUACAGGUAUUAACCCUGAACGCUCGACCUUGUUCUAUCAAUCGUCUGUCCCGGCACAUUCUGAGCUCAUGUGGAUCUUGAGCUGUACAGCCUCGAUGGGCUACUUGUCACGAAUGACACAAUGGAAGAGCAAGCUGUCGCUCUCAACUGACGCCACCAUCCUCGAUGAAGGCGCGAAAGCCUCGCUGAAGCUAGGUCUGUUUUCAUAUCCUGUCCUGCAGGCUGCCGAUAUCCUUGUCCACCGGGCCACUCAUGUACCCGUCGGCGAUGAUCAGAGACAGCACUUGGAAUUUGCUCGCGAAUGUGUGACAAAUUUCAACCACAACUUCGGCCCUCUCCUGGUAUCUCCUGAGACCAUCACGUCCCCGACACGCCGGGUCAUGUCGUUGCAACAGCCAACCCAGAAGAUGUCGAAAUCGGCCAAGGACCCAAGGUCACGUAUCCUUAUUACCGACACGCCGGAAGAGAUCCACGCCAAGAUUAUGAGUGCAUUUACGGACUCCUCCAAUAAUGUUUCCUAUGAUCCGACUAACCGGCCGGGGGUAUCAAACCUAUUGGAGAUCCUCUCUAUUUUUGAUGCUCCGGCCAGGAACCCAACUCAGCUCGCCGAAUCUCUUUCCCAUGCGUCCCUCAGAGAUCUUAAACAAGCCGUCUCCAAGGCUGUUAUUGAAGGACUUGGCGGAAUCCGUGAGCGCUACAUAGAGCUUCUUUCCGUUGACGAGGGACGUUAUCUCGAUGCUGUCGAAGCAAAGGGUGCCAGCAAGGCCCGCCUUAAUGCCAACGAAACCAUGGUCUUAGUAAGAGAAGCCACCGGGCUGUGAAACCUUUGCUCUGUCCCAAGACUUGCUCGCUUUGAACACCGUCAAUGGGAAUCAUUUAUGACUGUAGGAGGAAGGCUGGCGGGUUGUUGAGACAUUGUAGUUCUGGAACAUGUUCUUCACGAGGCAUAG